AUGGAUGAACCUGAAAGCAGUAGGCAUAAAAGGGUCAAUACUGAAAUUGAUGAUCAAUUUGCUCCAGAUGGCAAGGAUGAUGUUGUUGAUGUGAAAGAAGGGUUAGCUUCCCAAACCUAUGAUAGUUUACGAAUGCUUACUAAGGAAGAUGUUUUGCAAAUGAAAUUCAAUUCAGAGGAUGAUGCUUAUACUUUCUACAAUGCAUAUGCUAAGGUCAUCGGUUUUAACGUACGAAGAAGUAGAAAAAGAAUUACUGGAGACAACAAAUUUGUAGAGAGUAGGAAAUGGGUUUGUUCAAGGGAAGGUGUAAGAGAAAAGAAAUACUUGCAACAUGUGGAAUGGGACAACCGGUUGGACAAGAUUUUUUGGGCAGAUUGUAGGUCUCGAAUGGAUUAUGCUGCAUUUGGUGAUGUAUUGGUAUUUGAUACAACUGAUCAUACAAAUGCAUAUAAGAAGCCAUUUGUAAUUCUAGCUGGCGUGAGUAACCAUUUUAUGACAACUAUAUUCGAAUGUGCUUUGUUGCCUGAUGAGACAAUGGAGACAUACACGUGGGUGUUGGAAAUGUUAAUGGAGGCCAUGGAUGGUAAAAGACCCAUUUCCGUUGUAACAGAUGGUGAUAGGGCAAUGCGUCAGUACAAGUUGGAGAACAAUAACUGGGUGUUGGAUAUUCAUCUGAAGCGUGAUAAUUGGGCUGAGGCAUAUCUCCGUGGUCGCAUGUUUGCUGGAAUGAGGAGCACUCAACGUGUUGAGGGUAUGCAUGCAUAUUUCAAUAUAUUCCUAAACCAAAAGGUUAGGCUGUACGAAUUUGUAGCGCAAUAUGAUAGGGCUCUUGCUAGAAUGCGUGUUAAUGAGGCAGAAAUAGAAUCGAAAACAAAGAAUAGUUUCCCGAUUUUGACUACGCCAUUGAGAAGUUUGGAGAAACAUGCAGCUGGACUCUUUACUCGGAAGAUUUUCUCAUUGUUUCGAUAUGAAAUCAGGAAAGAGGGUAAAUUGUUUGUGAUGGAAAGAGUUCAGCUGGAGGAUCAUCGCACCUAUCAUUUUGGUGAGUACAAGGCACCAACAUGCACAUGGACGGUUGAGUAUUUUCCAGCUAAUAUCACAAUGAAAUGUUGUUGCUUGAAGUUUGAGUCGUUUGGAAUCCCUUGCUACCACAUGAUUGCUGUUAUGAAAUCUGAACAAUUAAUGUGUAUUCUACCGAGUUGUGUCUUGCAGAGAUGGACAAGACGUGGUAGGUCAAAGUGUCAACAACCAAGUCUUACCCAAAUUUGUAGCACCCUAACACAGACAACUCGGUUUGGUAUACUCAGCUCCUGUUUUAGUGAAAUGUCAUAUUAUGCCUCAUACGCGGACAAAGAUUUUGAAGAGGCAAGGGAAAUAGCUUUCCAGCUGACAUCGCAGAUGAAAAAACGUUGGGCAAUGAGAAAAGAAGGUAACGCCGAGGCUGGGGACAGAAAUAUUGCACCCAAACUAUAUGGCGUUGGUGAUCCGAAUGUAGUGAAGACCAAAGGGAACCCUAGAGGGACAUCUUCUAUGGGUAAACCUUCAAAACCAAGGUGGUGUGGGUAUUGUAGGAGCAUCGGACACACGAAGCGGACGUGUAAAAAAUUGGCUUCAAGUAGCCAGAGAGAGGGUAGCAACUCAGACAGUGAACCAUUCAUGAACACAGAGUUAGAUCCCCACACGGAUGAUAUUGAUGAAUUGCCAAAUUAUCCAAAUGAUCCAGUGUAG